CUUCCAUUAUUUCUGGCCUAUUCAGCUGGGAGAGAAGGAGAGAGGGAAAGACAAGAGCGAGAGAAAGAGGAACACAGCAAGGUUUUAGAUAGUGGGGGGGGAGACUGUAACUAGGGGUUUCUAUUGGCAUUAGGCAGCUGACAAUACACUAGCUAAACAUGCACGGACACACACACACAUGCACGCACACACGCACUCACACAUACUAGCCUGAUCUUGCUGUUCUCCCUUGGAAGAGAGAUGAGGUAUUUUUAGUAACUGGAGCAAACUGUAUGCAGCCCUGGAAGUGAAAUACAAACUGCUAGACCAUCCUUUCCUACUUAUCCAGGUGAGGACGGCAACGCAUUUGUCUAGAUCCCUCCCUCCCGCCUCUCUCUUCAGACUACAUUUAAAGUGAAGACUUCAAGCAGAAUGGAAAGAAAUAGAGUUUUAUCGUUUCCAGGAAGCAGAAAUGGAUUAUUGCUGAAGAAAGAGGAAUGAACUUGCUGAAUAACAGAAGUGUCUGGAGAUUUGCAAAACAAAAUAAACAAACAAAAAAAAGCUUUAGGCUGAAUAGAAAUACUAUUCUGGAGUUUAGCGGUGAUGAUGAUCAAGUUUCACUGUAUAAAUUCCCAUAGAUCCGCAUGUACAGCAGCGAUGUGGAUUUUGCCAGAAUACUUGAAGACAUGUAUAAGCUUAAGACACAUUUGGUGACAUUCCAUUUUGCUUAUAGACGCUGACUAAUUGUAAAAGUGAAUAUGGCAGAAGAAAAUGCUGCCUUCUCUGCUGUCCCUGAGUCUCCGUUUUCUGAUACAAAGUCCCCUGGAGUAGUGCUGCCUGCUAAACUUGCAAAACAGGAAUGGGAUGACAUUAAACCUGUGAAGAAACCUAAAGGUCGCCGCUGUCAGCGCUAUGUUGAAAAAGAUGGACACUGCAAUGUCCAACAUGGCAACAUGCAAGAGACUUAUCGCUAUCUGAUGGACAUCUUCACUACUCUUGUAGAUCUGAAGUGGCGUUACAGCCUCCUGGUAUUUAUUAUGGCAUAUGCUGUCACCUGGUUGUUCUUUGGAGUCAUCUGGUGGUUUAUUGCUUAUUGUCGAGGAGACUUGGAACACUUGGAAGACCAGACUUGGACUCCAUGUGUCAACAAUCUCAAUGGAUUUGUUUCAGCCUUUCUUUUCUCUAUUGAGACAGAGACUACAAUUGGUUAUGGCCAUCGUGUAAUCACAGAUAAGUGUCCUGAAGGCAUCAUCCUCCUGCUUCUGCAAGCAAUUCUUGGCUCAAUGGUCAAUGCUUUUAUGGUGGGUUGUAUGUUUGUCAAGAUCUCCCAACCCAACAAACGUGCUGAAACUCUGGUGUUCUCCUCUCACUGUGUAAUCUCACUGCGGGAUGAUCGACUCUGUCUUAUGUUUCGGGUAGGGGAUCUACGAAACUCUCACAUUGUGGAGGCUUCGAUCCGAGCUAAGUUGAUUAAGUCUAAACAAACACUGGAAGGAGAAUUCAUCCCACUUAACCAGACAGACAUUGAUGUUGGCUUUGACACAGGUGAUGACCGCCUCUUCCUUGUCUCACCUCUUAUCAUCUGUCAUGAGAUCAAUGAGCAAAGUCCCUUCUGGGAGAUAUCACGAGAGCGUCUUGAGAAGGAUGACUUUGAGAUUGUGGUAAUUUUGGAAGGCAUGGUGGAAGCCACAGGUAUGACAUGUCAAGCUCGCAGUUCAUACUUGGUGGAUGAGGUGCUCUGGGGACAUCGAUUUAUGCCAGUGCUCAUGUUGGAAGAUGGCUUUUAUGAGGUGGACUACAAUGCCUUCCACCAGACAUUUGAGGUGCCCACACCUUCCUGCAGUGCCCGGGAACUGGCAGAGGCUGCAGCCCGUUUGGAUGCCUACCUGUAUUGGUCCAUACCAAGUCAGCUAGAUGAGAAGGCUGAAGAGAUGGACAAUAGUCGAGGAGGGGAUGGAGGACUCAUUGCCAGGGAGAACAUUGAAAAGGAACAUAAGCUUUCUGAAAAGCAGAAUGGCACUCUUACUGGCCCUGAAAAUGAAUCAAAAGUCUGAUAAACGAUUGCUGUUUAUUACCAAGGCCAUUUGCAAUUGCUUGCCUACUUUCUUCCAAAUCAAAUAGACUUCAAGCAACUGGAAUGUUUUUAUUUUAAAAGAAUAGCUUAUUUUAAUGCCUUGUGAUGGGGUUGAACUUGUUAUAUAUUAAUAUGUUUUGUAAAAGAUCAGUAUUUGGCAGGUACCAAUAUUAACCAACAAUCCCUAGUUCUGUACACAGCUGAGCUGUGUGGGAAUAUUCAGGUAUGAAAAUACAAGCCCAGCAUGCCAUACUGGAGGGAAAACAGAGGGUGUCUGUGUUCUUUGUCUUCCCCUUUCAGUUAAAGUGUAUGACUUUUUUGGUAGAGAGGCACAAAGAUAAAAAACAUUUUGUAGAGUUUCACCAUCCAAACAAUGGAGGGCAAAAGGAAGCCCUGUAUCACUCUGUUUUCCUUGGAACAGAAAUGCAACUACGCUAACUACAGUUCAAAUGUAAUAAAUAUAUAAGUCUGCAGAUUGGGAGAAAACUCUGGCUGUUUACUUCCUAAACACAUUGUAAGGAAGCUUCUUGAUCAUGUCAUUAUUUUAGGAUAAAAAAACAUUAUUUCUGUCAGCUGUGGGCAUGUAUAUGCUUCCUAUAUGAGCUGGUGUUGUCCUAACUGAAGUACUGUUCCAACAAAAAGAGAAAUGCUAGGUUUCCUUUGGCCUUUCCUGCAUAUUGCAAGAAUGUCAGGCUCUGCUGUUGCUAAGUCCUUAGGCAUUAUGCUGUGGAGAUGCCUAAACAGAAGUGUUCCUCGUAUUUCAGUAAUGCAGGCUACAUCAGAGAGUGAAGAUGUGUAUGCAGUAAUUAUUUAACUCUGUACCCUUCUUUAUCUGACCCAUGUUUACUCAAACCACUGAAAAGAUAAAGGGGUUUUCCCUCAUAUAAUAUCUAAAUACUUCACAAACUGUGUAUUUGUGUGUAUGUGUGUGCACCUCCGCACACUAUGACAUCCUGCUGGGAAUCUAGAGCAUCCAUCACAGAUUCUAUUAAUCACCUUUCACCAUCAGUAAAAGCCUGAGACUCCUGAGAAAGCCUUCCUUUGACUUGUUGUAUCUUCCCCAAGCUGUAAGCCCCUACCCACACACAGACAAACAGUGAAACACAUCUUCAUGCACACACACACACACACACACACACACACACACACACACACACACACACACACACACACACACACACACACACACAUGAGCAUGAGUGCUGCAGCUAGCCUGUAAGUAAACAGAGGGUACUUACUGUAGAAAAUCAAUGACCUUUUCACCUGUAGUAGAUGUGAGUCACCUGCAGCAGUUGUAGUGGCGAUUUGCAUUGUUCCUACCACAAACAGUGCUAGUUUUUAAUGGUGCAGUCCUCAUUUUCUCUUCUGUUUUGUUAUAUCUAAAUAUAUGAGUUGUUCAGAGAAGCCUGUAUUUAUCGUUUCAUUAGUGUAGGUGCUGCUGUUGAUAAAGUGAUGAUUUCAGACUUCAGCACAAUUUACCAGCAUGAAAUACAUCACAGUACAUGCAUAUGACUGUGCCGCCUCUCUCUCCCAUCAUACCAGUCUCAGAGGAUAAACAAGAGAUUUCUCUGUUCUGUGCUGUCACCCCCUCAUUUUUCACCAAUGCAUUUAGUCUUUUUUCCAUUGUUGUGAGACCCUUUAUAUUUCCUUUUUUUGCAUUAUAGUGAUCACAGUACAGAUAGCCUGCAAUUCAUCUAGCCUGUAGAUUAAAAUGUUUAAAGCUCUACAACUGUCAAGUUUUUAACCCUUCAGGUAGAUUUUUGAGAAGAGAUUGCACAUUGCUUCUUUGCACAGACUGGACUUCCAAACAGGCGAUGUCUAAUAAAAAAAUCAAGAAUGAACCGCAGAGGAUCGUCUAACUCCUAGCAAGAUGAAAACCUAUAUUUGUUUAACUGGAUGUAUGUGUAGCCAAAGGUGGAAGUCUAAAUAUAUUUUGUUGUUACUAAGCACAAUAUUUUAGGACCAUGCAGAAACUAUGUAAAUACAGUGCUAUGAAAUA